GAGAAGUGAUUAGUUAAUAUAUAGCUCAUGUACUGUCAAGCUCGCAACAAGAAACUCAUGUAUAAAAAGCAUCAAGAAUUGAUCGCAAAUCAAUCGCUACAAACAACUUAGAAACUACGUGUAUUCCUUACUUCCUUCCCCUCCGACGCAUCGUUCUCAAAUCUCAUAAACAUGCCCUCCCAGCAGGCCUGUUUCAUAGCGCUGCUUGUUCUGCUGCUGAAUGCCGGCGACGCGACGUGCCACACCAAAGGCAUCAGGCCGAAGAAAUCAGGCGCUUGGGGGAAGCAAUUAUCGGUGAACAUGACGCAAGUACAAUACUCGGAGCAGCAGUUCAUGAAGUGGGUUGAUUUUGUUGGGAGCCUCAAGCACUCACUCUUCAGGACUGCCAAGAACAAGCUCUUCCCUUCUUACACUCUCAAAGUCGACAGAAAUCCAGCGUAUGGGGACUUCACGUCGAUUCAGGACGCAAUUGACUCUCUUCCUAUGGUCAAUCUUGUGCGGGUUGUCAUCAAGGUUCAUGCAGGGGUUUACACGGAGAAGGUAACAAUACCUCAAUUGAAAUCAUUUAUAACAAUAGAGGGUGCGGGAGCAGACAAAACCAUUGUGCAAUGGGGCGAUACUGCCCAGACAGCUGGGCCUAAAGGGCAGCCUCUUGGCACGUAUGGUUCAGCCACUUUUGCCGUCAAUUCCCCUUACUUUAUAGCCAAGAAUAUUACAUUUAAGAAUACCACGCCGGUGCCGCCACCAGGAGCCGUAGGGAAGCAGGCGGUGGCGUUCCGGAUAUCCGCCGACACGGCCGCGUUCGUUGGCUGUAAGUUUUUGGGUGCGCAGGACACACUGUAUGAUCACUUGGGCAGGCAUUACUACAAAGAUUGCUACAUUGAGGGCUCUGUGGACUUCAUCUUUGGGAAUGCACUCUCCUUGUUUGAGAAUUGUCACGUGCAUGCAAUAGCACCAAUAAUAGGAGCAGUAACAGCACAGGGGAGGAGCAGCAUAUUAGACGACACAGGAUUCUCGUUCGUGAACUGUAAGGUGACGGGGUCAGGAGCACUGUACCUGGGGAGGGCAUGGGGUCCUUUCUCCAGGGUCGUUUUUGCCUACACCUACAUGGACAACAUCAUCAUCCCCAAGGGCUGGUAUAACUGGGGCGACCCCUCCAGAGAAAUGACUGUGUUUUAUGGGCAGUACAAGUGCACAGGAGCAGGGGCAAGUUUCGCAGGACGAGUUUCGUGGUCCAGGGAACUUACUGAUGAAGAGGCUAAACCUUUUAUUUCCCUCACCUUCAUUGAUGGUUCUGAGUGGAUCAAAAUAUAAAUAUGACCAUGAUCAUGAUCUUGAUCAUUGAUACAUACACAUAUAUAUGGGAUGUAAAGUUUCGAUUUUUUUGUCAAUGAUCUUUAUAGACCCAUAUUUAUUA